AAUUCGAAACCUUGAAGCAUAGUCUGAGUUUUUGCGGUUACUCGCGACCAUGAUGAAUUGUGGGUGACGCGACCUAGAGGAAACCCUAUUGAAUCCCGAACUUAAUCGUACGGGAGAUCGCGGACCAAUUUCCACCCCCUAUGUCACACCGUUGCAGUGGUCGUUCUUAAGUCGGUCGAGCGAUCAGCACUGGUCUUGCUUGCAGAGAGCACAUCGCAAAAUCGUGAGACGUGGAUUCUGAGCGAGUUCUCGAAAAGAACCUCAACCGGCUCGUGCUACGAAGGCGUGAUCGGGGCUCGCGCGUUGGGAUUGACGUGGUUCCGACUCCCGAUCGAAAUGACGAUUUAGCGUUUGACAACGACGUCAGUGUUAUCGAAUUGUUGUGCGAUGGCCGGAGGAGUUCUAUCGAGAAAUGUGCCAUACAUAUUAUCCCAGGUGUCGGCAGCCACCUCCAGCUGCUCCGGAUUUGUGAAAGGACUAAGUUUACUCCUGUUCAUCGGAUACUGUCUCUCAUACAACAAUGGGAUCUUCAAAAAAGUCAUUGUCACACCAGCAUAUAUCAUGCCGCCGAAGUUUUGCGUUUGGACACUAUUCACGCACUGUUUUUUCGAGAAUAGCAUCCUCAUGCUCAUCGGUGACAUCGUCGCGAUCACACUGUGUGGGAAACUUGUCGAGCCUCUGUGGGGAAACGCUGAGGUGUUGUUAUUCUAUUGUGUGGUCAACGUGAGCACGGCUUUCCUGUCUGUCGUGUAUUUCAUCCUCUUGUACUGGUUCACCGGUCAAGCGAUAUAUCUUUUCAACAUUGAAAUUCACGGCAUGGCGGGCUACACGGCAGCGAUCAUCGUAGCCGUCAAGCAGCUGAUGCCUGAUAACGUGCUCGUUGCUCUUCCGAAGAUUGGCAAGCUACGAAACCGCAAUAUGCCGCUCACAGUUCUGGCACUGUCGAUUCUCUUGUAUACGAUCGGUAUGCUUCGCCCACCGUAUCCCGUGAUGUACCUGUCCGGCACUCUGAGCUCCUGGCUGUACCUUCGGUUCUGGCAAGCCCACUCGAACGGCUCGAAAGGGGAUAUUGCCGACCAUUUCUGUUUCGCCAGCUUCUUCCCAAAUGUUCUCCAGCCUCCGGUUGCUGUUAUCUGCAACGCCAUUUUCGAGUUCUUCGUUAAAGUCGGCGUAUGUCGAAGACCGGCGAGAAAGUUCACUAUGGCAAACAGUGCACCGAGUAUCGCCAUCAACAUGCCCGGUUCCUCCAGCGGUCUCUCGGCGGCUAACUCGCCCGCAGAUGAUGCUGAGAGAAGGAAGCAAUUGGCUCUGAAAGCAUUGAACGAACGGUUGGCCAAAGGAGGGAUGUCGAAGUCCCCGUCCGCUCCUUUGUUCCCUCAAAGUCAAGGGAAACAAUCAAAAGAGAGGUUGAUAGAUGUUUGAGUUAUUCAAUUGAUUGGCAACUGCGUUUGGAAUGGGAAUAUUUUUGGAUCGGAAAUUCUUUGACACUGAAGGACGAACGACAAACACAUAACUAUAAGGACUCGAGAAUAGCGGAUGAAUCAUUGAUAUUGAGCCCGAUCCACUCACAUCCAUGAGAACUCGCAAUAGGUAAACAUGCCGUAUUCUGGAACAGUGUUGUACAUACCAUGUUAUUUAUUAAAGUUCUAUGUUUAUACUCUGA